AUGUUGGGUUGCUUGCUUCAGGUUGCUCGCUCGAGCAUCUCCCUGGCAGUCACUUCUUGCCUGCCUCCGUCUCACGGCUCAAUGCUGUGCGAAAAGAGUGCCGCAGGACCAGGUGCUGUCGGCUGGUCCCCGUGGGAAGGGGAGGGCUCUCGUCUUCCUGCCGUUCCUGGCCGGCAUCAUUCGAGGGCGUCAUCAACGUGGCAGUCGUCCAGCGGCCCUAGUCCGGGCCGAGCCCACUCGACCUGCCAAUGGGGCAGAAACAAACGCGAAGAAGGGCCCUGUAGCAAGGCCAUGGCUUGGGCGAGGAACGCGCUCCUGGCCUGGAGGAGCCGGCGCUGCAGGGACUUGCUUUUCGCACAUGAGAGAGCGAGAGAGCGUGUGAGCGUGUGA